GUGGUUUGCCAUCUAAAAUGGUAGAGAUUUGGUUCUUGUAGAUUGCUGUGAAGUUUUGAAGUCUUAUCCUGAAAAUAGGUUGGUAUAAUCUGUUAUUGCUGUAAGUACUAAUCCAUCUUCGUCCAAGACAUCGAAGUUUUCAUCGAGAUUUCGCUGUGAAGUUGCAAGAACGAAUGGUUACCACAACUCAGACGAUUUCGAACGAGAGAUCGUUUGGAAUUGAUUUCACAUGAGUGGAAAAUUUUCAGAAUUUGUAUCUCUCAUUAGAGAUGGUUCUAUUCAGUGUAUCAGCUUAAGGUGUAAGUAGCAUUAAUUCAUAACUAAUCAACGUUAUUAAGAAACUCCUCGCACCGGAAAAGAUACUGGGGUUUAGUGUAAACGAAUCCAGCACCAAGUCGAACUAUAUUUGGUCCCUCUUCGUUGUGGUUUCUUUGUUUACAUCGGAAGUUGAGGUCGUGUUUGGAACUGAAACUUCACAUUGUUUUCAAUUCUGUAGUUUAUUUUCAAGCCUGCUUGUGUUAAUUGAAUUGUUUAUCGUCUAAUGUGUGGAAUUCGACCAUUAUCUUUUCGAGGAAAAAUCGAAUUUACAAAACUAGACAUCUGUUAGGAUACGAUCUAAGCUUAUCAGUGUAAUAGAUCUGUGAUAGUAUCCAGAUCUCAAGCAACGAAUAUUUCAUCUCCAGUACUUGAGCUGGGGUUUCAAGGGUUUUUUUUUCAUUUGAAUGCAUAUUUUAAGGUGUUAAUUAUGUAUUGUGAUAUUUCACUUUCCAUGUGAAUCAACAAUCGAACUAUUUUAAAAUAGAUGGUCAGUUUUGUCAUGACUGGGGCGAAUUUCCAAACUACUUUACAAUUGACAUUAACCUUGGAUAUAUUGCAAAACGUAGAAGAAGUGUAAUAAACACCUGUGAUCAAAACAAGUGUACAUUACCCUAUGAAUGGGAGAUCAGAUAACUCAGUUAUGUGACCAAAUUUUCAAAUUGCUCCAAGUAUUUAUUAGUAGUGUUUAUAUAACAUCCUCAAAAAUAUAUAUAUGAAACCUAGCUGUAGACACUUCUUACAUAGAAUCUCACUCCAUUGCAUUGGAAAUUACAAAGUUUUUAAGAGAUUGCUAUACAGCAAAACACUGUUGUCUUAGAUGUUUUUUUUGUGGUUUUUAAAAUUACCACUGAUGACCUUUUACAUGACUAAUAGGUGGGUCUCUUGCAUAUAAAUGAAAAGUGAAUUGUUCAUGAGGAAGAACAUGGAAAAUUCCACUGUCACCCAGUCAGACUUAUAAUUUCAGUGUAGUAUCAUUUGUAAUAGUAAUGUUAACUGUAUAGCUGUGAGCUGUGUACAUUUAUUUGGUUUAACUCUUCAGCUCCUAAGAUGUGAUGUUCAAUUCUCCCCUCUGGCUGCUAUAUUUUUUUUUUGUAACCAUUCAGUUUUGGAAAUUUAGGUUAAAUCAUAGGAACAACCCCCAGUGAAUGAGCAAGGUUAAGUAAGUUCUGUUUGCUUUACAUGUGUAUAGGGUUGUAAAAAUGUUCAGGAGAAGUUACUUUUCACCCUUUUAAACCCCUUAGAGUGACUGGCAUCUAAUUUCUCUCUACUGUAUCAACCCUGAAUCAAACAUUAAGGUCAGGAGAAUAAAGGAGCUGAUUACAGACUAAAGAAGCUCUUGAUUUUUACAUAAAUUCUCCCUGUCAGCAUCUUAGGAAAUGUUUAGGGAACAGUAUGGAGAAUAUGCAUUCUGAUAUUAGGGUGGAAAAGGGUCAAAUCUCACUUGGUAGUAAAAGAAUUAACGGUACUUUCAGCUAUUUCUGCAGGUGAGAAUUCAUGCUAGUAACCAGAAUGGAUCUUUUUGUAAUUGCUUUUAAGGCUGACACUAAAGGCUUCAGCAACAUUGUGAUCAUUGUGUGCUUAUCGAUUUCAGCCAUGUCGCAGCCAUCAUCCCAGGGCUCUAACUGCUCUUUAGAGCCUUUCCUGUCUCAAGAAACACUUGACCAAAUGUUUUCAAGUGUUCAUAGUAUGUUUCAGAAUCAAGGAGAUUUGCAGAGGUACAAAUGUUUGCUUAUUUAUUUUGCUUUUGUUGUUGGAGAAGAUCUUUUACUUCUUUAAUAUUUAACUGGUAAAGGUCUACCCAGGAUUUAAGCCUGGUUUUCACUAGUGAUGCAGGCACAAGCUAGCAUAAAGCACAAACAUAGGCAUAACAGCUCUUAGUUCACUGUCAAAACAGCCUUGAAGAAAGCAUGAACACAAGUGCAUUAUUACAAGCACAAGCAAAGCAGGAUCAGAAUAUUUCCUUUCACUUGUACUUGCCCUUUGCUAGCAUCUAAGGUGAUUUUCAUGGUGAAACAGGAUGUGUUGUGCUUGAGUUUGUGUUUUUUUUUUUUACUAUUGUUAAGCAGGUUCUGCUCUGUCUUGAAUCUCACAGGCUCUCUUUUUUACUGUGUGGGAAAAUUGUUAUGAGAACUUGCACUCUGAUUACUUGUUGGAAACAGUAUGUUUGCUUUGUAAUUACAUUUUGUAACUAUAAUUGACAAUUUUGGGUUUUGUUUUCAGCAUGCAAACUCAGGUUCAUGUGGCACCUACAGUUAUAAAUGUGUCAGAUGAAAAUAUACAUGGUAUGUUGUUGUAGCUGCAAAGUCAGUCUUCAAAUUCUAUUCAAUGGGUACAUGGAUUAAAUUCCUAACAAGAAUUUUGAUGCAACAUCUACUUCUCCCUAUGCUUUACAAGGAAAUACAAGAUGUUUUGGAAGGAGAUUUGAGUAUUCUAUCAGGAUUCAUUUCUGGCUUUUUCCAUGAACUCCUUUAAUUUUUUAGAAUUGUUAUAUCUCUUAAAUAGCUUUAGAUUUAGGAUUGGUCAAUUUAGUAUUUCACAGUACGGCCUGCUUUUCCAUUGGGACAUACACUCAAACAUUAAAAAACUUGGUCUAUAACUUACAAUAUAGACCUUGAACUCAGUUAUUAUGAGGUAUUUAUUAGAAUUAAGUUAAUAAGGAAUACUGUAACUAGCUGUAUCUGGGACUUCUGUUGGCCUGGUGACUAAAAAUUUUGUUACACUUUUUCUUCCCCCACUGAAAAAUUUCUGAAAAAAACCAGACAAAUUUAUGUACUGUACAGAAAUAUGUUGUUAUAUUAGCUAACUGGAACUCUUUAAAGGUUUCUUUCUUGCCUUUGUGCAAAUGUUUAGUUGUGCUUUUUCCUGACUUUCAAAGCCAGCAGGUUUGCAUAUGAUCUGUUACUUUUCCUUUGCAAUUCCAGAGAGUGUUGAGAUGAAUUUAGAAAGUGUUGCUGUUCUGAGACCUGAGGUACUACUUUCAUGAAAGUUUCUGCAUGAUUGUUAAACAGUUAUUGAGAUGUGAAAUAAAUAGUACAAAUUUCAAUUUGGAGUUUAAAAAAAAUGCUCAAUUCCAGUCAUUCGUUUAGCAAAUUGUAAGGAAAACCUGAAAAAUGGCAGUUAGCAUUCUAUCCAGAAGAAGCCGCAGUACCCUCACUUGCUUCAUAGUAAGGAGACCAGGAGAAGGGUUGGGUCUGUGGGUCUCAAGCUACAGAUUGACCUCUCACAACACAAUAGAUGAAACUCUGCUUUUCUUCAUUCAGAUGCUUCAACUUUUACAAGAACAAAAUUUUCCAAAUCCACAACAAUCAGGCUUCAAGCAGGAACCUCUGGACCACUCUCCUACUUUACCAUCCACUUUAGCUACACCCCCACCUGAACAGCCCAGCCCACAGCCGCUGAUCGUGUGUAACACUGACUUCCCAGGUCUGUACGGAUUCAGUUUGGGAUUUGAAGAGGAGAAAGGCCCUCCCACCAAAUCAGCUCAGUGGACCUACUCUCCUACCUUAGAAAAACUGUUUGUAAAGAUGAGGUGUAUUGUACCAAUCAGAGUAAAGCUAAAUGGUUAGUGUUCUGUGUUUUAUUUAUCAUGAGUCUGUUGACUUGACCUGUCCAGUUGUAUGAAGUUAUAAAUAACUUGGUUUUGUGGCACGCCAUAAUACUUCUCUGAUUGGAGUGCAGUUUUGUGGUCACCAAGAGAACAAGAUUGUGAGCUACAAUCCUUGUCAGAAUUGUUGUUGGUAGGAAAAUUGGAUCACCUGAAAAAAAAAAAACAAACAAAAAAACAACCGUAUCACUGAGUGUGAAGCAGGGUGUUUAACAAAACUAAAAAGAUGGUUGUGAUACUGUUAUAGUGGUAGAAUUUGAGUCAAGAUCUCUUGAACAAGAGUUCAGUCUGAUAGACAUUUGGCUACAGCUACUUGUAUCCAAUCAUAUUUAUUGUGAUGCCAUCAAUACAAUAUGGGACCAGCCUCACCUACACACCUGUAUCCCCAUAUGGAGCCAAAUGGGUGAAAAGACAAGAGAUUGGUAAAGAAUCCUGAGUUACCUUGAUGGUUGUUUUAAAAAAAGUACAGUCUUUGAAGGUCUUAGCUUUCGGUAAGAGUUAUUUACAUGUAGAAUUUCGGGUACAGUUUUGUGGCCACUGUCGAACCUUACUCUUGUAUAAACAGAGCUUGCAAGGUGGAUUACAUCAGAUUGUGGUUUUUCCAGCAUCAGUUUAAUGAGGCAGAUACAACUUUGAACUUCAUGACUUCCCUAUGACUUGAGCUUUUCAUGAUAGAGAAGUCUUGUGGAAUAAGUUUUUUUCUGUUCAAACUAAUGUGUAUGCUUCCUUAUACCAACUUGUUUCUUUGAUUUCUUUUUGUUUUAGUUUUCCCUCCAGCCCAUGCAGGGUUUUACAUCAGAGUGGUGGUGAUUUACAGGCAACCUGAUCAUUAUCGAGAAAUUGUUGAGCGAUGUCCUAAUCAUAUCACUAAACACAAAGAUGGUAAACUUCUCGAAUGAAUGGUUUGCUGGAUGUGUAUGGGGCAUAAGUAAUCAAGUCCAAGCUCCACACUGUAGAUGUUGUUUAGAUUAAAUGUUAAUUGACGACUAUAAACACACACACACAGAUUAAAACUUUUCAACUUUGUACAAGAUCAGGAACAACUUGCUACAUUAUAGUGCAAAUUCUUGCAAAAAUCUUUUUCCACUUGCCAUGCCAUGGUGACCAAAAAUGGUCAGAGCUUGAAACACUAGUCAUUUGUCUUAUUAACAGUAUUUGUUUUAGUAAUUAUACCUGUGCUGAUGUUGAGUAAAAUUGUUUGUUUGUUUUUUUUUUCAGGCCAUCAUGCUCCAAAACACUUGUUGAGAUGUGAAAAUCCCAACACAUUUUACGUCACAUGUCCUGAGACUGGCAGACACAGUUUGAAAAUACCACUGGAUGCACCUCAAGGUACUUUAACAAUAAAGUGUAGUUACUCUGCUUGAAUCAUAGGUGGAGUUGUGGCCUUCAGAAAAUGUGAAGUCAACUCUGAAGCUCUAAUCUUUGAUGACAUCUGUGUGAUUCAAAGCUUUUUGUCUUAUUUGUUCUGUAAUCAUACUCUUGGUAAACCCUUUGUGCCCUCCAUCAGAAUGCAACAGAUGCACGGCAACUUGGAAUCUAUUUGUUAAACAUAAAAUCUAUGGCUAUGAUUUUCAUGAACAGUUCCUCUCAUAUUGAUUCCCAUUCCAUCCUCUCUUGAUUUACAUUUUGCAGCUGGAAGUGACUUUGUUACCAACAUGUUCCAGUUUAUGUGCUUCAGUUCAUGUCCCGGGGGUUUGAACAGGCGUCCUAUCCUUGUGAUUUUCACAUUGGAGCAAAAGUAAGUGGGUGCUUCAUUGUUUCAAGAUGAUCAAUCUUUGUAGAAGCUUUCAUGAAACUAUGGAAAUUCAGUGCUCAAUGCUGUCAGUGGCUUAAAUACUGAAAGGUUAACAUUUUUCUGAAAUUUAUGUACUCUUUGAUUGUUAGUAUGUUUGUUUGUUUUUUUUAUUAUAACUUGUCUCUUUCUCAUUGUUUGUCUAGAUAUUUAGCCUUUAUUUGUUGCAUAAAUGUUACAAAAUGCAAAGCUUUCAGUGUUUUUCCUGGUCAUAAAAAUGUUGUCUCUGGCAACUGUACUAUGAGUUACAGUUGCAAAAUGGCAGCUUUCAUUUAAGCAGAACUUGGAUUAGUGCCAUUAGUUUUGUUCAUUCAACAUGUACAUGAAUAUAUUUUAAAGUUUUUCCUUAAUUUUCAUUAACAGUAAUACUGUAGUUGGAAGAAAAGCUCAAAAUAUACGCAUAUGUGCAUGUCCCGGAAGAGACAGGACCAAUGAAGAGAUUGCCGAGGCAAAAAAGCAAUCAAGGAACACAGUUGUGCCUGUGAUGCCUGUGAUAGACCACCAGACUCAACCAGUAAGCACUUCUUCCCUAACGGAGACUCCGCCUACAACACCUCAAACAUCUACAGCUCCUCAGACUCCUCCACAAGAACCUUCUACUUCCACUGGUACAGAUGACACCAGUCAAAAUACUCAAGUACCUAAACUAACUAAAAAGAGAUGUAAGUUUGGAGUUCCAUGUACAAUUCCAAAAGGUAAAUUUUUUUUGAUACAAGAAGUUGAUGCGGAGCAAUGGUGUACAGUUUUGUUACUCCCCCUGGAACAGGUGCUAGUCCACUGUGGGUUACAUCCCUCUUCCCUGGUUUUAUUUUUCAAUUUGAUCUCAAAAACAAGUUAAAAAAGUUUUUUUCAAUUAGUGUUUCCAUCAUCAAUCCUGUAGCAAACACUUUGAUUUUAAGCAAAUUGUUUUAUUCCUUGUGAUCAAAAAAGAAUGAGAGAAUGCUCCAUUACCCUGCACGAUUAAAUUAUUUUUGUAAAACCUUUGCCUCUCCUUUGAUUACAGCUCAUACCACCAUGUCUUCUGGAUUUGAGGUACGCUCAGUGUCUGUUGACAGAAAUUUGAUGAAACGCUUGAGGAAGGAGGAAGAUGAGGAGAUAUUUACUCUCCAGGUUGGUGGAAAUUUAGUUGGGAAAUAUCCUUCUUCACUCUUCUGAUUUUGUGUAUGAGAUGAGAAAAUUAAUGAAUGUUCAACAGGGUCAGGCUUUUUGAGACGGGGUCAAGACAACCCAGGAUUAGUGUGAAAUCUGAUUUCAGAUCUGAAAGUUUUAAAAGAAAACUAAUUACAAUUCUUUUUGAGUACAUUUUGUUGAUUUUGUGUACAAUUCAUGAUUGGAUGCUCUAAAAAGAAUGGGGAAGACUAACUGCUGAAAGCUGUUUGAACAAAGGAAUAAAUAAACCCAGAUUAAAAUCUUACCUUGGGUCAACACCAAUCACCCUUCCAAUAAACUGGGCCCUGAACUAUUUCAGACAAGAAAAAAACAGGGAAAAACAGUAAAGACGAUUAAGUGGCUGUAUCACAAACAGCAUUGUGUGCACAAGUCGCAGCAUCUCAUUUUAUUGCUGCAAUUAUCACCCAAGUUUAAGCUAGUUUGGAAUUGUUCAACUUGUUGCCUUAAUGAAAAACUGUUGCAAGAAUGAAGAUAAAUAAAUAUAAAUUAAGGUUUCAAGUUGGCAAUUUUUGUGUUCUUGCCUCAACCUUUUACGCACUUAAAUCAUUAUGCAUAUUCUCCAUACUGUUCACCAUACAUUUCUUAAAAGUUCUAACAAGGAGAAUUUGUUCAAUCAAGAGCUUCUUAAGUUGGUGAUCAUCUCCUUAAUUCUCAUGACCUUAACCCUUUAACCCCCAGAUCAAAUUUGUAAUUCUUCUUACUGUCAAUCAUACAACUCUCACUGAUAAUGUUAAUUCAGAGAAUUUAGUAUUGGAUCAACUAAUUAUCCCUAAUUGAUAUUUUUCUUUAUUCUCAUCACUUAUCUGGUUGAUGUUGUAUUGAAAUUGUAACAAGAAAUUCUGUCAUUGGUUGGAGAAAUUAAAUGCUAGUCACUCUAAGGUGUUAAAGGGGUAAAUAAAAAUUUUCUGGGAAAAAUCUGCACAUAUUAGUUAUUAGAAGUACGUAUUGUGGUUACAUUUUGUUCAAAUUGUGUUUGGAAAUUACUGAACUCUGGGGUUUAUUCCUUUAGGUAAGGGGCAGGGAGAAGUAUGAGCUCCUGCUGAAAGUGAAAGAGGGUUUGGAUAUGAUGGACAUGGUACCACAGGCGCAGAUAGAUACCUAUAGAGCAAGGUGCGUCAUCAGUAAGAACCAAUCAAAAUUUGUGUAUUAUUUAACUUAUUCCUAUUGUAUGUUUAAUGUAUGCUGUUUGGAAUUCACAGCUGUCCGCCCUGUGGGAGACUGAAAACCUCAAGAAUGUUGCAGAAUUCACACCAUCUGCCUGACUCACAGAAUACUCAGAGUUCAAAUUCAGACUCUCAAAACUCCACAGAGUCACUUCCAGUAAGUUUGUCAACCAGAUCUUCUUUAGAUUGUUUGUUUGUUUUUGUGUGUUUUUAUUGCACCAUUAUAAGCUAGUACACACAACAUUCAUCAGUCAUUCUCAUACAGCCAGACAGUCGGUCACCAACUAAAGGCAGGCUAUAUGGCACAAUUUGGCUGAUGGCCUGUAAGACAGUUCCAUGUCAAAACUACAAUUUUUAGUUGUUGCUUUUAGUCAAUAAAUCUCAAAUAAGACUCAUUUGACACAUAAGUAAAGGUUCUUACAUCUUUGGCUUGUUUGAGCAUUUUUUAAUGAAAUUUUAAGAAGAAUUAAGUUAAUAUUAAAAGUACCAGGGAAAAGAAUGGCAGCUGUUUGUGUUGCAAACAACAAAAAAAACUUAGUGCAUGAUAAUUAUAUUGUGUCUUAAGGAUUGAAUAGAACUUGCAGUCAAUUUUUCACUCAACCAACCAGUCACUGACUGACUGAAUGGUUGACCGAAUAAGUGACUGACCAAGUGAUCAUUCCACAGAUGGACUGCUACUUCAUUUCUUAAUGCAAAUCAACCCUUUGACUCCUAAAAAUGACACGCAACUAAUUUCUCCUUACAAGAUCACCCCAGAUCACACAUUGAGGUUAUGAGAAUAAUGAAAUGAUCACCAACUUAAGAAGAUUUUGAUGGGUAAACAAAUUCUCCUUGUCAGCACCUCAGGAAAUGUAUAGAGAACAUUAUGGAGAAUAUGCAUACUGAUGUUAGGGUGUCAAAGAUUAAUCACACACUCUUAACUGCCCCAACAAGAAAGUUAAUUAAGCACUUAUGGAGGCUUUUUAGAGCAUUUUUGACUAAAUAGUGUAGAAAGAAAAACAAUGUGUUGGUUAAGCACCAGGCAAAAGAGUUCUAGCUGUUCAUAUCCCAAAAAAAAAACUUUUGAGCAUGAAAUGUUUUUAGGAUUGACUAAAACUGUCAGUCAAUUUCUCAUUCAACUAGCCAGUUACUGACUGACUGAAUGGUUGAAUGGAAAGUUGACCAACUGACUGACUGACUGAUCAGUUGAAAGAGGGCACUAGCUGCUGAGUUACAUCAUGCAAAUUAAUCACACAACUGCUCACUGACCUGACAAAAGCAUUGAAGCACUUGCUCCUUUAAAACACACGUGGUGACUUGUUUAAGAAUUUUUGAACGAAUAGUGUAGAAAGGUUAACAAUAUGAUAAGCACCAGGCAAAAGAGUGAAAGCUUUUUGUGUUGAAAAACUUUUGUGCUUGAUGAUAUGUUUGGGAGAUUGAUUAAAACUGUCAGUCAAUUUUUCAAUCAACCAACCAGUUAGUAACUAACUAAAUGGCUGACGGAAUAAUUGACCAACUGACUGAUUGACCUAUCAAUGAACAGAAAGACUGUUACUGAACUUCAUCAUACAAACUAAUAUAGUUAAACACAUUACCCCCCUUGCCAUGAAGCUGGUAUUUCUUAGAAGGGUCCAUAUAAACUGUUCAUCAGUCUGUCUUUCAACCAGUCCGUCACUAAAUAACCGAUUGGUUGAAAGACUUACUGAAUGACCUUUUAAAUGCUUAUUGACCAACAAUUGAUCGUCAGAUCAGUUAUGCAAUGUACCACCUCAUCUAUAAAUGAGAAUUACUCUUUUUGAAAUACAAUUUAUAUCAAUUUCAAAAAAUCUCACUGUAAAAUUAUUAUUAUUACAUAUAACUGUGCUUUUUGAUGCAUUUUAAACUGUAAACCCCCAAGAUUUGAUUGUUAAUUCUCCCCUCUCGCUGCUGUACGACACAUUUCCUCAUAAAUUAGUGACAAGAAUAUGAUGUUAGGUCAAGAUCACAAUCUUUACCUGAGUUUGAGUAUUUUCAUCACCCCUUUGCUGAAUUAAGUAUGGAUAUUAAAGGGAGAAGUUACAUUUUCAUCACUUCUGUGAGUCAAAAGGGUAAAACAAAUUUAGUCUGAGAUGACUGCAUUUUCCCAAGUUGUUGAUUUGAGUGGAAUGUUUAUGCUCACAUUGGCCAGGCUGAUAAUUACAUUUGUUAAAUAAAUUCAAUGUCAUGAUGGCAAGAAACAUAUUUUGGCAGGAUGACAUUGAGGGCACGCCACCACUUAUGCCGAUGUCACGAUCAGAUUCAGGAUCUUCAAAUCACUCUCCUUCCUCGUCACAGCAGAGUUCUGGAGGAGGGACAGGCUUCAAUGCAGUGAGGUUUACCCUCAGACGAACAGUGUCCUUGGACAAGAAAGGCUUUCAGCCAUGAAUUAAUGCACAGUUGGAUCCAAUUACAAAGGAUAAAUGGACCAAUGUUCCUAUGUUCCAAGUAGUGGAUGAAAAUUAAAAUCUGAAAACUAUGCAGGAAACAUGUAACAACACUUAAGUAGCAUUGGUUAUUUUGGGAUCUUAAAGAAAAAACUAAAUUUGUUACUUCGGAGUCAUUUUAGCUUCCAAAUAUUGAUGCAAUUUAAAAUUGAAAAUAAGAAAAAAAGAUUAUAGAAAGAUUGUAGAUAAUUGUUUGAUCAGGGGAUGACAAAUACUGAACCUCCACUUAUAAGCAAUGCAUAAAUGUUAUCAAAUUCAAACUGUCAUAUUGGAAACUUUGAGUUGAUAUGCAGUGGGACAUGAAAUCGUUAUCAUCUAUGUGAAACAUGUACUUUGCUCUGAGAAUAUUUCUCACCUCAGUGGCAUUUUACUUGAGAUCGUUAUUUUGAUUAGAGGUUUGUAACUUGAAUAGUGAUAUAUACUGAAUCAUGUACAUUUUAUUGCACAGCACCUUAAUAGGUGCUACUGCAAUUUUAAAACACGGGUUUGUUGUUGUAAAUACUUAAUGAUAUGUGUCACAUCUAUCGUUCAACAGCACAAACAACGGACAAAUAGAUUGCAAAUAUCCUGGGAUAUUUUACAGGUGGUUAUUUUGUACAGUAGAAAAACUUGUUUCACAGGUCUGCUCUAUUUGUUCUGCUUCUUUGUCUGCUUUGCUUUUCCCUCCUUAUGAGAAUGAACAGAAACACUUGGCAGUAAAAAAAAGCAGUGUGAUAAUAAGUAACUUAAAAGACAUUUGUAGUAUUGCUUAGUAUUAGUAGUUUGUAUUUCAACUUAGCCUACAAGCUUGCCAGAUACAAUAUAUUUAUUAACCAAAGUGUGGUUCAUGAAGGAGUGGUAAACUUUUUUUCCCUGGUUGGGUAGGUUUGGUUAUCUUUAUUUUGUUAAAUGUUACAAUUUAUGAUAAACUCUGAUGUCAUUUUAGAUAUUAGCCUCAUUUCAUACACUGUUGCCUGUUAAAUUUGACUUAAAUGAAGGUGGCAAUGCAACCAAAAUGGAGUAAAGCCAACAUACAAAUGAGUAUUUUUGCAAGAGCUCUCAAUUAAUUUUAUAUGCACAUUGACAAGUCAGCUCCAUGUGAGCAAUGUCUUCAGUUUGUGAUUUGGCCUCUAUGUAUAAAAGUCUUUAGAAUUUAUUUUUAUCAAUUCAGCAUGUAUAAAGAUUUAUAUACAUAGGCUUACUUUGCAAACUUUAGAUGAUUGAAAGUAGUUGUAAAUGAUAAAUAAUUUUAUAAUAAAGGGUAAGAAAUUGAUAAAUUACAAUAUAAGUGUAGCGCAAAUUUCACUCAGUUUACUUCAUUUACAAAUUGCUUGAAGUGUGCCUCAGAAUUGUGUUUUUCUGUUAGAAGUUGGAGAGGUCAUUGUUAUUUCUCUUUGUUUAUUUGUUUCUAGUUAAACCUGUUUCAGGUCAAAGUAUAUUAGAAGUGUAUGAUAUUGUAUAGUACAAUGGGUUUUGUUAUGGUUGUUUGUUAAUAGUUAACGUCAAGUACAGUGCAAGGUUGCUGUUUUCUGAAUGGAAGGUUGUUUCGUUUUGAAGUUUGGUUCGAUGCAAGCACGAAGUAUCACUUGUAGAACCAUACUCAUUAGAAUAGAUUACUGUAUAGCUAAGGAACUAUGUGAGACACGAGCUCGGCAUUGGAACUUUUUUUCCAUAUUUUUUUCUUCGUUGGUAUACUGAAUAUGGCACCACUGGAAUUUUUUUUAGAGUAUGGAUUCUUCCAGGGGCUGUAUUUUAGAAAAACGCUUUAAUUGUACUAUUGAGUAGUUUUUAAGUAUUAAAAAGUGCCAGGAGCAUAUGUAGACUUCUGAAAGAACCCAAUAGCAUAAAAUGUUAUCGUUAGAUUUUAAUUUUUCGUUUUGUUUAUAAGUAAAAAAAAACAAAAACAAAAAUAAAUAGAAAAAAAAAAGAACUCCUCAGUUUUUGUUUUGUAAAUGCUAUAUGUGCGUCUGCCUUCCCUCCCCCUUUCCCUGCAUCAAUAUGUGCAGGUUCUAAAAAAAAAAGGGAGAGUGAUAAAAAGUGCAAAAGAGAAAAAUAAAUGCUAAAUUUCUUGUCCAUCAUACUUGAAAAUUUUAAGUUGAUGAGGUUGUAACUUGUUAAGUCUCUAGCAAGAGAGACUACUUUCAUUGUAUCACUAAAACUUGGCGUCAGAGAUUUUUCUCUCCAAACGAAGAGAAAAAAAGAAAGUAAAAGAGGAAAAGGAAUUAAAAAGACUUAAGAAAGUUCGUUGAUUAGCGCAAAAACACAUGGUACGGCGAAAAACGAAAGCGAUGAAAAACGAUGAAAUAGGUCACAGCUUCCUCAAGUGUGACUUGCCAAUAUAAUUUCCUCGUCACGCCAUACUUUACAUAACUGUGCAGCGUUGUGAAUUACCUUGAUUUCAAGAGGCUGCAAACAAAAAUCUUACGAAGAUAUUACAUUUGAAGUCAGCUAAAUAUCAAGAGAAGUAAAAAACGUUAGCGCGUUGCGGUUUCAAGCGAAACUUUCUGCUGUCGCCACCGUCGGAUCUAGAAGUUUUAAAUUCUUUCAUUGCUAUGCCUAGUUACACAAACCUUCCUGUGUAGCCGAGCAGCGAUACAAACAAAAUCCCAGACACCCACAAAACAAUAGAUUCAUACGCCAAUAAACGGGAGAUUAGGCUGACCUCUAACGACGAACAAAGCCACGAAGUACUUGUUUAUUUACCGUGUUGCUAGGUAACUUACGUCACAAAGGCUCGUACCGUGAAGGAUUACGACAAAGCUCUCGCUCCAGUGAUCAAACGCAAUUUUGAUCUCCACGAAUGACUACAAGCUCAAGUUUCCUGUCCUUUUUACAUCGAGUAGAUCUUUGCUGACUUCAGAUUCCUACGAGUUCAUUAUUAGCUGAAGAUAAGCCCGAUGAUGCUGUGAAAUUAAGUGUACUUACUGUUGAUAACCCUCGAAGCUUCUUCCAAGAUGACCGUCCCGAUAAUGGCAGACGAGUGAGUGAUUGUGUUAUUUUUAUUUUCUUUGGUAUUUGGUAUGCAGCGUGAGCAGAAAAACCUCGAUUUAACCACUUCUCCUUCUUUAUACCACAGAUCGUCCCGAGAUGAGGGAGAAGUUUAUACCUCUGUGCCGGUUGUGGUCCUAACAGUUCAUGAAGCACAAGAAGAAACACAUGUAAAACGAUCACAUUUCAGCUACGAAGCUGAGGAUGCUUUGCCGGUGGGUGAAGUUUAUCUCAAUAAGUUAUCUUUUUUUCACAUUUAGUUUAGAGGAACAUUUCACUGCAUUUUCAAGCCCUUCAGAUGACUUAUUUGACGAGAAUCAUGCAUACAAAUGGGUAGUUUUGGAGAAAGUAGAGAAGAACUGCCUGUUUGUAUACAAACUCGCGGCAAAAUGAUGGCUCCCGCGAACAUAAAAAUCCUUAAGACGUACUUCUGGAUAGAUCUCGAAUUAUCUUUUAAACUUGCGUACUGUAUUAACCUUCAUCUGAAGCGACGUAGUAUUGUGUAGCGAAAUUUUCCGGUCAUUGAGCUGCCUUCGGAACCUUUUGUUGUAUUGAAACGCAUCAAAAAUGCACUCAUAGAAACAGCUCAGACUUUGUGACCUGGGGCGCACUGCCGAUAAAUUAUUAGUCCGCUACGAAAGAGUCGUUCAUUUCCCGUUAGUUGGAUUUUAAUGCUUCUGUUUUUUUCUUUUCACCAGUUGCCUUCGUCCAAGUACAGAUACAGCAAAUGGCAUGAACUGGAAGACAUGGAUGUCAAAGGAAACAUGCUAAGGUCUCCCAGAGUCAGAAGGAGUAAGUAAUUCAAACUGCCAUGUCAUGUUUUAAACGAAGAUAACUCGAUUUUCCUAAUACAUUUGAAACAGUUUCAAGGAGGUCCGAGACAGCGGAUCUUUACACCAUAUGCAAGAAGAUAGUUCUGAAAUAUUUUGGUCUUAAUUGAUUAAUUGUUCCCUUCCCCAUUGGGUUUUUUUUCCGCAUGACUGGGGCAUGAUAUUCUGACCAAAGUCAGUUCACAGGAUUGAAUAAAAGCAUGUGAAAUAAAAUGAAUUCCUUCUAAUUUUAUCAUCCCUGCCCCCUACUUAACCCACCUCCUUCAACAUAUAACAUUUCCAUUAUCUCCAGCCCCUGAAAAUUUAUGUGAACUGGUGUGAUUUUCAAUUUUGCUUGUUCCAAUACACAAGCUUAAUCUAAAACCCUUUGAUCUUCUCCAGCACCUCAAGGAUUCAAAGUAGAGAAUAUUCGUAAAGUGCAUGAGCAAGAAAAAGAAGAAUUAGGGGAUUCUGAUAAUGAAGAAUUCAGAAUUGCUGUACCCCUCAAAAAGAGCAAACCAAAAAGAAUACGAAACUACAAGAACAAGAUGGAAAACUGGGAAAAUGCUGAGGUAAAUUUGUGUCCAAUAUAUGCACACUUAACUUAUAUGUACAUUUUCUGUUGUGGAACAUCUCAACCUGUUGUAGUAUUUGGAUUAAAUUGCUUUGACAUGCCUGUAAAGAAUUUUAAUUUAGUUUUGUCAACUGAAGAGUUGAUCAUGUAAAUUGGCCACUGGAAAGAGUUUCUGAAGCUGACAUGUUAGGUGUUAGGCCUUUGUCAUUCAACUGAAAUGUUAGCUUUAGAAACUCUUUAAAGUAGCCAAAUUAUUUACGUUAUCAACCCAGUUAAUAAAAUCAAAUUACCUUGCAAUAAUCUCCACUGAUGCAAAACCCCAGUUUCCUUAAAAACUUACACCCUCUAUUUGUUGUAAUGAAAUUUUUUUGUUUUUGUUUUUUCAGUCUGUAAAUUUAUCAUAUCAAGAUUUAGGGCAUCCUUAUCAAAAGAAAGAAUUUCUGCGGGUCCUUAGAAGGCUUUUAAGAUGUGAAAAUUUGCAGCUUAUGGAAAAUUCUAUACAAGAUUUGAGCAGUGUUCUCCUUCCGAGGUGGGUCAAGUUGGACAUUCUUUAUUGUUCUUCCUGGUAGACUGAACCUGGGUUAUAGUAUUUCAACAUAAAUUUUAGAUUGAUCUUGUCUAAAGUUAUCACAAUUUUUGUUUUUUCAGAUGUUCACAUCUUUACCUGCAGAGAAAUUUCAUUACUGAUUUAAGGGUAGGUGUUGAGAAUUUUUAUUCCUCUUAAUGUAUUUUAGAUAAUUUAUUCAUUGUUUUGAUGUACAUCCAAAUUGCCCCACUCGCCUUCACUUUUAUGAGUGAAAUAUCCACAAGCGAUCAACCCUUUCACUAGUAUCUGGUAUCUCCCUAUAAUACCACCCCAAGGUCUCAAGAAUAAAGGAGAUGGUUACCAACAGAGAAGUUCUCGGGAAAAGAUAGUUUUUGUCUUGUCACAAGCGUAGGACAAAGAACAAAUUCUUUGAAGUUCUUGAUCAUCAUACUAAUUCUCCUUGUCAGUGCCUUGUGAAAUUUAUAGAGAACAUUAUAGAGAGAAUGCAUACUGAUGUUAGGUUGUAAAGGGUUAAGUUAUAGGUGCAACUUGCAGAUUCUUUAACUCUUUAUCUGUAUUUCUGACACAAUUAUUGUUGUUUCCCAGAAACUUCCCAGGGCUCCCAUGCUGCUUCACUUAUCGCUGCAACAAAAUAAUGUGGAAAGUUUAAAGGGUCUGGAUCUACUGCGAAAAACCACAAUUCAAUCAUUAGUUCUUAAAGGGAAUCCUGUGGAGUUGGACCCAAACUACAGACAGCAGUAAGUUAUGUUUUAACCUUUUUAGUGUAAUUUCUGUUUCUUUGUCACCUACACAGACUUGGCCAAUCUGAAUACUGAAGAAAUUUCAUUCAAAUUCUUUCCUUUUUACUUGCUCAAGUCUUUUUAUUGUUUCAUCAUUUUGGUUUAGUGUUUUGUCCUGCAAAGUGGUCAGGUUUUUUUUUCUCAACCAUGUCCUGGCUAAGAUCACACCAUCUAAUUCUAUUAUGUAAGAAGCUCUUUCUUAUGACUGGUCUCUUUUUUGUGAAGAGACUCGCUGUUCAUCUUGUGUUGGCUCAGUUCUCCCAGUUCUUUCCCCUUGAUGAGCCAUAUUUCUGAGAGACAAAUUUCCUCUGGUACUAGGAUUCUUGCUGAUCACCUGUAAUUUAAUGCAUCAAGCAUUAAGGUGCAGUUUUAAUGCCCUUGAUCUGUCAAAAAAUGCUGUGAAAAUUAUUCACAGAAUUAACACAUGAAACAAGAAGUAAUUUUGCAUUGAUCUGUUUUGAGGUUUUAUAUAAGAUUGUGAAGGUGUUUCUAAAGAUACCAUGAAUCUAGGAAGCUAAUAUGAAAACACUCUUUCCUUUUUUCAGGGUAUUUAGAAUUUUGCCUCACCUACAGCUUCUGGAUGGAAUCCCAAGGUUAGACAGUGAUGAUGCAGACGCAGUAGUUGAUUCAAAGACAUGUAUUGUGUCAUAGCAAAAAUCACCUAGUGUGUUCUACAGUCAUCUUGUGGACUUAUACCUAGGCUAAGAGUGGAUCAGACAUGGAACUUCUGUAAGGAGACAUGGAACUGCAGUAAGGAGAUCCAAGACUGGAUGCUCAGACAGAGAGUGAUGAGCAUUGUACUUUCUGGUGAUUUUGACAAGAAGGGAUAAUUUACUUCCAGUGGGAGAAGAUUCCCACCCUACAACAGAUCACUCAAAUUAUUAUUGAGCUGAGCUAAUGAGACACUAUUCUAUCUUCGCAAAAAUUUAGCAAUUUCUCUGUAUUCGUUGAGGUAUUUUAGAUGCAAACAAAUGCUGAUGUAGCAAACACAUUCUUAUUAAAGGUUUAUUGUACGGUUUCUCAGUUGAUUUUGAAUAGGUCACUAAUGUAAAUAUUGAUCUAGUGAAUCAAAUUUUACAAAUAUGCGAAACAUUUGUGAAUAUAUUUAAUAUAUAUUCUUAUGUAUAUUAUUAGUGAACAAAGAAAAUUUUGUAAAGUAUUUAUUUUUACUUCUCUUUAGAAAUGUUAAAUAAAAUCUAGAUG